GGGCUCGGAGCAAAAAUAUAAGCAGCCCCGGGACGCUGUCCCGGUACCAGUUGCGGAGUCUCCCUCCGGAAGAGCCGCGGCUGCGGAGGAGGAGGAGGAGGAGAACGCAGAGGCGCGGGAUCCCCGCACACGCCGAUCGCGCGGCGCCCCUAGGUCACUCCCAGCCCGAGAGCCCGGAGCCGAGAUGGAAACGAUCCAGGAGCUGAUUCCUCUGGCCAAGGAGCUGAUGGCCCAGAAGCCCGGCCGGAAGCUGGUGAGGCUGUACGUGCUGGGCGGCGUGCUGGCCCUCGUCGGCGCGGUGCUCGGCCUGAUGGAGACCCUGUGCAGCCCCUUCACCGCCGCCGACCGCCUGCGGGACCGGGAGGCGGCCGUGGCCGAGCUGCGGGCCGCCCAGGAGCGGAAGGCCCUGCGGGAGCGGGCCCCGCUGGAGAAAGACAAGCCGCCGGAGGCCGUCCAAGGCUGCCGGGCCCUCUCCAACCGGCUGCACGCCUCCUAAGAACCCUGGGGGGGUGCGGCGGAGGGAAGGGGAGAGAGACAAGGGAGAAGAGGGAGCCAGGGCGCGAGGGUCGGGCUCCCGUGGGAGCCUUGUGCUAUUGGGACUUGCUCCUGAGAAGCCACUGACUUCUAAGACUGAACUACCACACGGAUCCACCAAAAGGAGUUUAGGACUGAAUUUUGCUGCUGUGCAGCACUGAAGAGGGAUGACAUGUCCAAAACUAGGUACCUGUCAGCUAUCUGAGUGCAUCUACCAUUUUACACUGCGUUGAAAGGAGAAGACAUCCUUUUUAUGUUUUUAUUGUUAUUAUUAUUGUUAUUAUUAUUAUUAUUAUUAUUACAGUGACUACCAUUUUGCAUUUUGAAAUAAAAAAACGUUUUGUACUCUG